CUUCUCCUCCUCCUUUCCUCUCCUUCAUCCUCUUCUCAUCAUUCCUCAUUUCUUUUUCUUUUUUUCCAUUCUUCCCCCUUCUCAUUGUCUCUUUUUUUGACUGUCCAAAGUUUCAGCUGAGCACUACCUUUUUAUUGUUGUUAUUUAUUUAUUCCUUUCCUAGUUAGCUACUCAUUGCUUGUCUCAUCCAGAAAAACUGCUCUCUUAUUUUACUUUACUUUAUUCUAUCCUCACCUCUUUCAACUGUAUCUUUCUUACUUUCUUCGUGUGAAAGAGCUGUCCACACCUUUUUCUUUUAUAUUUUCAUUGUCUGAUAUCUUUCCCAGCAACAAUGGCAAUGCAUAAUGACGAUUCGAAUCCACUUUCUAGGUACAGGGAGUUGACACCAAUUCAAUCUGUGCGGGACCAAACAGCAUCCAAUCCUUCAGGUGUUUUGAAGCAUGGUCACAUCUCCGUGAAGGAAGAAGGUCUCAAGGCCUUUAUCUGGUCAAAGAGAUACAUGACAUUACGCGAGCUCACCCUAAGCUUCCACAGAAAUGAGUCCACACCCCAGGCCACAGUUUUGAUCUUUCUCAAGGAUAUUACUGCAGUAACCCGUACAGAUUUGAAAGCCUAUUGCUUUGAGCUUGUCACCAAGGACAGAAGCUAUUUCCUCUCAUGCAAGAACGACGAGGAGUUGUACUCAUGGAUGCACGAGAUUUACUCGCGAUCGCCCUUGAUGGGCGUCUCCAACCCCACCAACUUUGUCCAUAAGGUCCAUGUUGGAUUCGACCCCAACACUGGCAACUUCUCGGGUAUGCCGGAGACAUGGGCAAAGCUUUUGACUGGAUCUGCUAUUACGAAGGAAGAUUAUGCCAACAACCCUCAGGCUGUGCUGGAGGUUCUAGAGUUCUACACGGAUCAAACAAAGCGCAACGAGCAGGAGUAUGGUACACCUUCACUGGUUCCUAGCAACCUCCCGCUCGUCCCAAGCGAAAUGGAAGGUGACCGCUGGGCAAACCUCAUGCCCCGUCAGGCACCUUCGCCUCCUUCUAGCAACCGUCCUGAGCGACCCCAACGUCCAGACCGUCCAGACCGUCCAGAUCGGCCAGAAGAACAGCUCCGACCUUAUAUUCCAGAACGUUCUCAGAGUGUUGACAACCUACCGGUAACCCAACGAAUGUCCAGCUUGGGUAUUUAUGAUGACAGGGGCCAUCAACAACCGGGCGGGCGUCCAGCUGCGCCAAGACCUCCUAAUGCUUUGCGUCCCGAUUAUGCUCCCCCCUCGCCGACUUCUCCCCGUGCGCCCAACCAUCAAUUCGCCAAUCCUCCUCCUCACAAAUUCAACAACGCGCCUCAUCAUCACCAUGCACCAGCAUAUCAGCAGCCCUCGCCAUCACCCUCACCGUCUGGCACUCGUCCUCCUGCCCCAUACGCUCCUCUUCGUAGCAAUACCGCGCCUAUCGCUGUCAAAUAUCCUGGAACUUCUACAGAGGCUGGUGCCAGACCGCCGGUCGCUCCUAAACCAGCUGUAGCCGAUGCUGCUGCCGCUUUGAAUGGCGAUAAUGCGCCCAAGGUUGUUGUUGAACGUCGCAUCUCUACCAUGACAGAAGCAGAGGUCAUGGAAAAGUUGCGAAGCGUUGUUUCAUCAGGCGAUCCCAGCACAUUGUAUAGCAAGAUCAAAAAAGUUGGUCAAGGUGCUUCUGGAUCAGUCUAUGUGGCCAAGCAUUUGACUACGAAUACAAAAGUUGCAAUCAAACAGAUGGAUCUUUCACUACAGCCAAGAAAGGAGUUAGUCGUGAACGAGAUUUUAGUCAUGAAGGAAUCUACCAAUCCCAACAUUGUCAAUUAUCUGGAUUCUUUUCUGGUCAAGGGCCAAGAGUUGUGGGUCGUCAUGGAGUACAUGGAGGGAGGUGCCCUGACAGAUGUCAUUGAGAACAACAAACUAUCAGAAACUCAGAUCGCCUGCAUCUGCUUUGAGACAUGCAAGGGUCUCCAGCAUCUGCAUAGCCAAAAUAUCAUCCACAGAGACAUCAAAUCGGAUAACGUUCUCAUGGAUUCUUAUGGACAUGUCAAGAUUACUGAUUUCGGUUUCUGUGCAAAGUUGACAGAUCAAAAGAACAAACGCGCGACUAUGGUGGGAACGCCUUAUUGGAUGGCGCCUGAAGUCGUGAAGCAGAAGGAAUAUGGCGCUAAGGUUGAUAUCUGGUCUUUGGGUAUUAUGGCUAUUGAGAUGAUUGAACAAGAGCCACCAUACUUGGAUGAAGAGCCACUAAAGGCUCUGUAUUUGAUCGCCACCAAUGGUACUCCUACACUCAAGAAGCCCGAGAUUCUCAGUGCCGAGCUCAAGAACUUUUUGGCUGUAUGUUUGUGUGUUGAUGUCAAGAGCCGUGCUUCUUCUUUGGAGCUACUAGAGCAUGAGUUCCUGAGGAAAUCAUGCCAAUUGUCGGCUCUAAGACCAUUAUUUGAUUACAAGCGUGGUGGAUAAGGAAACAAGGAUGAUGCAUCGAAGUUGCCAUAAUCGAGCAGCUUCACUAGAGCUUUUUUUCUUUUUUUUUUUAGAUCUGCAGGGAAAACAGAAAAAGAAAAAGGAGAAAAAAAAAGAUGCUCGUUUGUUGACGAGUUCCCUCACUUAGCCUUA